CAGAGCUUCUUAGUCUACUGUGGUUCUCCCUUUUGCACUCUCUUAAGUUCACCAAUUAUAUUAUGCAUAAAGAAGAGGCCACUGCCUAGCGGUUAAAUUUGGAUAAGCAACUGUCAAUGGCAUUGGAGGUAGAGUGGUACGAUUUGGUGUGUUUUGGCAUUGUUGGUGUGGCCUUAGUUGGUGCCUUAUGGGUGCUGUGGAUGAAAGAAAGAGCCUCCCAAAGCAAUUUUGGCAUAUUGGAUGAGAAUCUUCUGGUGGCUGGACCAGACAAUGGAAUGGCAGUGAAUGUGCUUAUUCACAGAGCCAUUGGUCAUGUAAGCACCUCUCAACUUUGGACCAGCUGUUGGCGAGGAGUGCACCCUUUGUGGCUCUUGGCUACGCGUUUCCUUUCCUUUGUGAUCAUGGCAGUGUUAUUAGCAUUGGAUGUUCUUGCUUACGAUCCAAGCAUCUUUCUUUACUACACGGAGUGGACAUUCACAUUGGUUAUGAUAUAUUUUGCUUUGGGGACCAUAGUAUCUGCUUACGGAUGUUGGCAGUUCUUAAACAAAACUCCGUUUGAAAAUGGAGAAAUGGCUGAGUUUCUGAGAAGGGAUUUGGAAGAGAGUAUGUCUCCAAACUCAAUUGCAUAUAAAGGGAAAGAAACCAAAGGUUCCAUCAAGUUGAAAAGCCGAUAUGUUGAAGAGGAGUUUAAACAAGGGGCAGGUUUCUGGGGUUACCUUAUGCAAAUUAUCUAUCAGACGAGCGCAGGGGCUGUCGUCCUAACAGACAUUGUGUUUUGGUGUGUUAUUGUUCCCUUCUUAUCUAUUUCUCAUUUCAAGCUAAACAUGUUGAUGGGAUGCAUGCAUACCUUGAACGCAGUUUUUCUUCUUUUGGAUACAGCUUUGAAUAAUCUUCCUUUUCCUUGGUUUAGACUCGCAUAUUUUGUGCUCUGGAGCUGUGGCUACAUAAUUUUCCAAUGGGUCAUUCACGCCUGUGGUUUUACAUGGUGGCCAUAUCCAUUUCUCGAGCUAAAUACCCCUUGGGCUCCUGUCUGGUAUCUUUGCUUGGCGGUAAUUCACAUACCCUGCUAUGGCAUUUAUUCAUUAACAGUGAAAGCAAAAAAUACGAUUCUUCACAAACUGUUCCCUCGUGCACUCUUGAGGUCGUACUAGUUUGGUUGAAAACUUGAAAUGGCAGAAAACUAGGAAUGGCUUGUUCACAUCUCUUGGAAAACAGAAAUUUUGGUUCACACACGUUUUUCCCCUGAAAAAAGGUUAUUGCAAAUGCUUGAAGUUGGACUUAGUACUACAGGAAAUUUUUUUGAAUGAAUUGUAAUAUCUUGUAAAAUGAGAAAAUAGUUUUGGAAGAGUUGCUAUUGACAAAUGGCUGUGCCAAGACACUCCCCAAUUUGCCAUGUGGUUACUUUCAUCGAUGUUUCAUUUUUCAUAAUUUUAAUAUUUUG